AUGGAAGGACUGUACGUUAGUAUCCAAAGGGACGUCGCAGAGCCGACGGAGCCGUUGUCGCCGGAGCGGCGUGGUCACGUGCGCUCGGCCAGCCAGGGCACGCAGCUGCCGGGCCCCUCCAUCCUCAAGGACCCGGAGCGGGCCGGCACGGCGGCGCGCCGCGGCCAUGCGCGCGCCUUCAGUCACGGGCAGAUCGGCAUGGAUGGACUGGACGAUGUGCAGCGCGCCUCCUCCAGGACCGAGUUCACGCUGCCGCCCGGCCACGUGUCCCGCGAGCGGAGCGGCCGCGGCGCCACCGGCCGGCAGCGGCACGGCUCACGUGCCGACAGUCUGUUCCGCGGCCACUCGCGGCAGGCCUCGCGCUCCGAGAGUGUCUACACGCUCCGCCAGACGCAGCAAAGCUCCUCCAUCUUCGACUACUUGUGCUUCUGGAAGAAAAAGGUGGCAGAGGAGGCGCGCCUGCGUGUUAUUGUGCCAAACCACACGGUACCGCCGGACACGCCGGCCAAGCAGCACCCGAACGCCGGCUUCCUGGACAACUACGUCCGGACUACCAAGUACACGUUGCUCUCUUUCCUGCCAAAGAACCUGUUCGAGCAGUUUCACCGUUUCGCCAACCUGUACUUUUUGUUCAUCGUGUUGUUGAACUGGGUGCCGGAGAUCAGUGCGUUCGGCAAGGAGGUGGCGAUGCUGCCGCUAGUAUUUGUGAUGGGCGUGACGGCAAUCAAAGACCUGUUCGAAGACCGGCGCCGCUACCUCAGCGACCGGCGGGUCAACACGUCCACCUGCAGAGUCUACGACAGGUGGGUCCCUCUUCUCUCGUUAUGCUCUGUGAUGGUGUGACUCGGCACAGCUGACCGCGGCUGCCGGUACCGGUGCAGCCAUUUGGGCGUUAAGCUGGUGAGUGUCCGCGUCCGUCGUCCUCGAAAGCCAGUCAGCUGUGCGGAGCAUGCGCUGCACGAUGUGAACGUC